UGGAAUCCGAACACGAGUCGGACAAAUGUGAGAUUUCGGAUUAUACACGUGAUGUUCUACUCAGUGUAUGCAGCAGUCUAUAGAAUUCUGAAGGGCGUAUCGUACAGAGCACCCUUUUUUUUGAGUUCCUUGUUUUGGUCACUCAAAAUUCAUACCUAUGGCGGGAAAUGGAAUAUUUUUUUACAUGGUGACUCUGAGACUAGUGCGCUUAUUCGGAAUAGUUGUUCGAAUUCAUGAUAAAUUGAAAAUAAACAAUAUAAAAACAUAAAAACAUGAACGAAGUAGAGGAUACAACUUCCAGCCAGAUUACUGACCCGUAUGAAGUGAGAAACAGCGAAUUAGGUUCCAACAUUGGUUCACAGUACGAUUCCGAUUCGGAACUGCUUGCAAAUGAUAAGCUCCGUCUGGAUGAUUCCGAUGAGGAUGAUGAGAAACCAAACGAUGGCAACGUGUCUUCAACGCUUAAAUAUGGCCAUUCAGAGAAGGCCGAGGAAAAACGCGAUGCAAUAGUGAACAGCGAAUCUGAAGACGACAAUAGUGAACAUUCAACGAAAUUGAAGAGGAAAAAAAUUACUCAACUUAUUGACAGCGAAUCGGAGGAGGAACAACCCGAUGGGAACGAUAAAUCUGCGAAUCCAACCCAGAAGAAAGUUUCUCCAAUCAUGGAUGGCGAUUCUGAGGUAGAUGAUUCUGCUGAAGAGCGUCUUCAAAAGCAGAACCAGGAAAUUAAUGCCUUAGGGGACCAAAUUGAACAAUCGAUGAAUCGGCUGAAGACGUUAGUUGAUUCUGAUUCAGUCACCCCAGAUGGAGAACCUGACAGUGAUGUAAAGACGCGAAAGAAGAAAAAACUGAAGACUAAGAAAGAGCGCACGAAUGCUAAGAAAAAUACGAAUUCCAAUGACUUGUUGGCAAGUUUGAACCUUGACCUCAGUGACGAGGAGACACGUACUAAUGGGAGUAAUGAUGAUGACACGGGCGAUGAAAAUAAUGCCAGUGGAAAUGAGACCAAGAAAAAAAGAAAAACUAGCAAGGAAGCAUCUGAAGAGAAGCCUCAAAGGAUGUCAGCGAAAACAGCAAUGGAACAAAUGAAAAUCAUCCAAAGCGAAUCACAGCGAAUGGCUCGGGAAGCAAGCGUGGCCGUUCCGUAUCACCGCCCCAAGCAGCACACGCUGCAGGAAUUUCUUAACCGCCGCACCGUGUUCAAAUAUAGUCUAUCCCCUGCGGGAGGGAUGGCUGAAGGUCGUAAAAAAGUGGCUGCUGCAAUAAAAAUGAAUCCCGAAGAGUUGGCAGAAUACGCGCGAAAACUCGAGGAACGCGAGAAAGAAGCGAAGGAAUUUUUCAAGAGCGAAAGUGAUGAAGAUGAAAAGGGUGAAAUUGUAGUAGACCCAGAAGGUGCAACAGAGACGAGUGUAAAUCCUCAUAGUGAAAUCACACCGGAAGUUGUACCGGAGAGUCCUAUGGAAAUUGAUACUAAUCUAAACAAGUGCGAGAAAGAAAGUGAGGAACCGAAGCUUUGCGAAAAGAACACCGAAUUCGCUCUAUCCCUAAGGGUAUCCGACACCGAAGAAGAUCCUCUCGAUGCUAUGGUCAAUAAAACUCAUGAUAAUAUCGAACAAAUUCUGGCAUCGCAGCCUGACGAUACUGACAAACAAUCUUCUUCACUGAGUUGUCCCAUAGACUAUGACAUUUUCUCCAAACCGUCUAAAUUAGCACAGAAAAAAGCGGAGCUACUUCUGGAUGAGACCAUUCCUAUUGUUCCCAAGCUGAAAGGUAGUCCAGAUUCGUUCAUCGACUUGGAUUGCAAACAACCGAAACAAUCCGGAGCGGAAAUUCUUUUGAAAAGAUUUGCAAAGUGUGCAGGUAAGAAGAUCAACAAAAGCACAAAUUUAACUAUUUUGAGCACAGACAACGGGGUGCUGCAGAUGAACACUGUCCCCUUUGCACUGGAUCCAGACGACCGAGACCCCAACGGGAAAGAACCCAUUCCUGGAGCAGCUUUCAUGAAAUUGAAACAGACUUUACGACAGAAGAUGGAACAGACUAGGCGUGAAUCUCUGCGGCAGCGUCAAGAGGAGAUUAAGAAAUUGGAUGAGAACGAGGACGAAGUAGAGCAGGAGGAGAUAUUGGACAGUGACGAUGAGAUCGAGGAUGAAAUGGAAGAAGAGGAUCAACCGGAAAAGAAUGAUGACGGAAAGGAACUUCUCCAAGACGAGGCCGAGGAAAUCGAUGACGGGGAAGAUGAAGCGGAGCAAAACAUUGAAACGGAAAUGAACUCUAGUGAUAGUAGUAGCGAUGAGGACGUUGCAAAUGAACCACCUGUCGAUGGGGUGAAGAAAAAAAGUAGAAUCCUAGCGGCGUUUGACGAUUCUGACGAAGAAAUAAACAAAAAUGAUGAAGCGGCAGAUACCGUAGAACUUCUUUCAGGAUUAGGCACCCAAAAAUUGACCCAGACGGAUCGGAACAAUCAAGAAUCGGAAGGUGGCAUCAGUUUACUCUGGAAAGAUUCUACAGAACUAACGACGGCAACUCAAGCCGACGAUGAUCUUCUGGCGCUAUGCAGUGGUCGUUUUGGAAGUACUCAAGCUGCACCGGAGAUUGAGCAGGAUACGGUGGCCGAUAGCCAACAAUCAGAUGUAGCACUUCUUACGAACAAAAAUAAAACUCCCAACCACAAUACUCUCUUCGCACAAAACAAUGACCAUCCAACAGAUGAAAAUGAAUUGCUAGCUUUGUGCUCUGGAAAAUUUAUUACACAACGAGAGACCGAAACGGAACAGAAUUGUGAAAUUCAACCGGAUUUACUGACAAAGAGGAAAAUGAUUAUAGCAUCUUCAGACGAGGAAGAAUUGGAGAAUCGGGAGAGAACGAGAUCGAAGAAGAAAAAAUGGAAGCGAAAGAACGUCAAUAUAUCAGAUGACGAGGAAAAUCCAUCCGAGACAGAGGAAGGUGAAAACAGCGAUGUAACAGAUGAUGAAGAGCCGGAGGAGCCAGAAGCAGAACAUUUCGUCGAUUAUGAUUCGGAAGAAAACGAAAUCGAUGUGGUGAUGACUAAAACGGAUAAGCAGAAGGUGGCUACCACUUUCCUCGAGAAUGAAGCCGAACUGUCCGAGUCGGAAUGGGGCAGUGCAGACGAGGACGAAAAAGAUCUCGACCGGUACGACAUUGAACUUGGAGACGAAGAAAAGUUUGACCAGGGGCAGCUUCAGCAGGAACUGGAACGUAUCCACAUGCGUCGUUUGUUGGAACAGGAUAAAAAGGAGGUGAAAACGUUGCAAGAUAUGUUCUUCGAGGACGAGGAAAAGGAUGGAGUUGGUCGGGAGAGACAGUUUCGCUGGCGGAAUGUUGAAACUACCUUCGCGCUCGAUUAUGACAAGGAGCCGGGUGAAGAAAAUGGGAAGGGGGAGGAUGGGAGUGAUGGAGAAAACGAAAUGAAAUGGCGUAAGAUGCGCCACGAACGAGAGCAAGUGUUAAAGGAGAAAAAAGUAGACCUCGAUGCAGUUAAUUUGUCCACGACGCUGCUAGACAAAACUAUGGAAGAAGAUGAGAAUAAUUCCAGCGUCACUAAUACGUCAUCGCUGAUAGCGCGGAAGAGAAUAACAGUCGUGAGGUCGAAAAAAUGUACGGAAAUUAACACCCCCAAAGAUUCUCCAUUUCUGAUUACUAAAUCAACCGUCUCACAGGGUUACAAAGCAUCAUUCCUAUCACGUGACUCGGAUACACUAAACAAGCUUGCAAGCAUGGUAAAGAUAAACCCGGAUACGGAAGGAACGACCACGGUAGUAGCAGGAAAAGGUAGGAAUUUCGUGUUUGCUACUGUAAGUCCGGCGGUUGAUAAAGUGGGCGGUGGUACCAAGCGAUCACUGGACACCGAUGCGGACGAUCCCAUGCGAAGUGCCAAAAAAGCCAGGAAAGCCACAAAACAUAAUAAAAACAGGAAAAUAUUGCUGCUGGAUCAGCUCAUAUAGUCGCAAUAAAGUUACACAUCGUAUGCAUUAAUUGGUUUAUUACAA